AUCCAACCGCUAGGAUGUUCUUCCUCCCUUAAACCCCUCCCACGGGCCUGCUACCUCCCUCUUUCCCACCGGCCCUCUGAAGAGGAAGCACGCGUCGAGCAGUAGCUCUUGCCUCCCGGUCACUUUUAAGUGAAAUAUUACAGAUUAAUAGUAACAAUGCGUUACGUUGCCGCUUAUCUUUUGGCCUCCUUAGGGGGUUCUGAGAAACCUACUGUCAAGGACUUGAAGAAGAUCCUGGAUAGUGUUGGCAUUGAGACAGACGAUGAGCGUGCAGAAAAGGUGGUCAGCGAACUAACUGGCAAGAGCAUCGAGGAGGUGAUUGCUCAAGGUAACACCAAACUGGCAAGUAUGCCCUCUGGAGGAGCUGUGGCUGUAUCUGCAGGAGCUGGCUCAGCAUCAGCACCCGCUGCAGCUGCCCCCGCUGAAGAAAAGAAGGAAGAAAAAGACGAAUCUGAGGAGUCAGAUGAUGACAUGGGAUUUGGACUUUUUGAUUAGAACCUGUGGCAAUUAAAAUUUAUUUAGACACA